UUUAAUGUAGGAGAAGUGUGGGAGGGUUGAAACAUAUUAAAGCAUGCUCUCUGGGCUAUUUUAUCAAUUCAACUUCCCUUUUCCUACUUUUUUUUUUCUUGCCUUAUUCCGUCUUGCAAUCAUGAACUACAACACUUGCUUUCAUCUUCUUUUAGCUUUAUUCAUACCAUGUUCCGUACUUUGCUUGGCUAUGACAGCCAGGAACCUCAACUCCGAUCAGUUUGCGCUUCUCGAGUUUAAGGAUAGAAUUGCUGGUCCUCAAAAUGUCUUGGCAAACAAUUGGACGGCCUCUACCUCUGUUUGUAAUUGGAUUGGUGUUUCAUGUGGCAUCCUCCAUAAAAGAGUUAUAGCUUUGAAUCUUACAAGCAUGAAUCUUAGGGGUACUAUCCCUCCACACCUUGGAAAUCUUUCAUUUCUACUUUCUCUCGACUUGAGUAGCAAUAAUUUAUAUGGCCUUCUACCUAAAGAAUUGGGCCAAUUGCAUCGUUUGAAGAUCUUACGAUUAAGCCUCAACAGUCUUAAUGGGGAAAUUCCAUCAUGGCUUGGGAACUUACACAGAGUUCGAAGGUUGCAAAUGGAAAAUAAUAACUUUACAGGCACAAUCCCUCAAACACUUGUUAACAUUUCCAAUCUAGAGAUCUUGAAUAUGGGAUUCAAUCAAUUAUUUGGCCAGGCUCCAUCUUCCAUCUUCAAGAUUUCUUCUCUGAAGUUUAUUAGUCUUUUCAGGAAUAGCCUAUCAGGUGAUUUGCCUAAUGAUAUGUGUCAACAUCUUCCCAAGCUUGAAGUGCUUCAUUUGAGUUUGAAUGAAUUUUCUGGUAGCAUUCCAUCAAGUUUAGGCAAAUGCAGCAACCUUAAAUAUUUCUCGUUGUACUUCAAUCAAUUUACGGGAAUCAUUCCAAGAAGUAUUGGAAAUCUGACUAGACUUGAAGAAUUAGAUUUGGGGUUGAAUAACUUAGAAGGUAGUUUGCCUAAUGAUUUGUGUCACCUAUGUCCCAAGCUUGAAGGGCUUUACUUGGAUGCAAAUGAAUUAUCUGGUAAUAUUCCAUCAAGUAUAGGUGAAUGUUACAAGCUUCAGAUGCUAAGUUUAUUAGAAAAUAAAUUCAGUGGGCUGAUUCCGAAAAGUAUUUUUAAUUCAACUGUUGCGCGGAAGCGUGUGAAAGAGUAAAAUUAUUGUACUGAAAAAUCACACCAAGUUCAAUUCCCAGGAAAGAGAGGUAGAUCACGAAGAUCACUUAAAUA